GUUUCUCUGGGCUCUCAUUGGUCGACCAGAUGUCGCUGCUGCAGAGCGGUUGGAUGGAGGCGCUGCUGGUGGGCGUGGCCUGGCGCUCGCAGGCCGUGGCGGGGGAGGAGCUCGUGUUCGCCGGGAAUCUGCGAUUGGACGAGGCUCAGUGUCGAGCCGCGGGAUUGGCUGACCUGUACGAGGCGCUGCGACACCUGACGGCGAAAUACCAAGCGAUGAAGCUGAGCCCCGAGGAGGCGGUGACGCUGAAGGCCAUGGCGCUCGCUAACUCCG